AUGCAGAACACGCAGUUUGCCAGAUUUCCUCUUUGUAAAAACACCAAGGGCCAUUCAAACACACGCCCAUCUACCUGUGAACAGGUUGAGUCCAGACAGCAGAACAGAGCCACACCAGCAAUCAAAUCGAUUCAAAUACUUGUACGGAGUACGGCACAGGCAGAAAAGACUCGACCUCGGUGGGGGUUACAUGCAGAGCUGCAUUAA